UAUACAACUACAGGUAUAAUCAUAUUCCGCCAAACUCGCAUGCAUGCACGAGUAAAGUACAGUGGCACACACACCCAACUCCGUUUUGUUUAUUAUUAUUAACCAGUCAGGCGAAUAUAGUAAAUGUAUUGAAAACCAGGAUAUUGUUGGGUUUUCUGUGCUAUAAGUACUCCACAACCUUACCUCUUUUCUCGUUCGUUUGACUACCAUGAUUCAGGGAAGAUGCGCUCCAUUUCUGCCUUGUGUCUGAUGCCUGACCAACUGCCACGAUGUCAUUAGCGAAACCGGCAAACCUGAAUAUCAAGCAGAUGCCUGAUGAGAAUCCGUAUGAACUUUCCCCCGUUGCGUUCGAUGCUGAUUCUAUAGAGAUGAGGAAUCAACUGAAAUUCACCCAGCUCCCGCAGGAUCCACCGGCAGUUCCUCCCGCUCCAGCUCCAAGACAAAGAACAGAGGAAACUAACUUAUCAACAGGGCAAGCUAUUUCACCUACGUAUAAGAAUCCACCUGCCUACAAUGGAAGGUCUCAUCACCAUGGUCACCACUUCUACGAAGAGGUCAAUCGGUCGUCCCUGCAGAGACAAAAUAGUAAGCCUUCAGUUUACGGUUCACCCAACAGUCUUCCGACUUCACACACAGAAGCAGAUCAAGCCAUUCUCUUCCAACAAACAAGUACGACAAACUCACUAGCUCAACUCACAGAAUCCAUUGAAAAGAAACCAAGGAAGAAAACCAACCCCUUGUAUGACAGCUAUAGGGAUGAAGACAACGACAGCAGAACAUACCCCAGUCAGUCCGACCCAGUCAAACAUAAGAGUCCUGGUAGUUGUAUUGGGUCAGUGCUCCGGCAUCCAUGUACAAUAUUCUUAUUGAUAGCUGUUAUUAUUGCACUCAUCGUCUUCUUCGUGCUGCUUUUACUUGGCACAAUAACUUCAAAAGCAGGUGAGACAGCUGCUAGGACUCAGAAUGAAUCUAGCAGCGAUAUUAUUGCACAACUCAGACAACAAGUGGACGAUCAGAAUAAUCUCAUCAACAAUAUGAUGCAGAAGAUUGAGAGACUGGAAAUGGCCAUUAUAAACCCUGGAAAUGAGAAUGCAUCUUUGGAUAUUAGAGUGGCACAAAAUACUUUCAUGUUGAUGAGGGUGAAUGAAUCUCUGUUGGAGUUGGAUAGAGAACUUGUUGGAGUAAACACCAAAGCACAAACAGCACUUGACCAGUCGUCCAGCACGAUCUCAACCCAGGUUGCAUUUUUAAAUAGGAUUACAGUACUAGAGAAUCAAACACACACUCUGGAUGGACAGGUGAAAUCUCUGAGAGGUAGCCUUCAGACACAUAGCAUGGACAUUGUCAGUAUUAAAGAUGUUAAUCAAGAUCAAGAUGAUGAGAUCACAAUAUUGAGCAGCGAUAUCAGUGUCGUGCAGCAGUCCUUUAUGACACAGUUCAUGGAAUACAAUGAGAGUAUCUACCAAGAGUUAGAGACUAUAAGUAAAAUGCAAGGUCCUCGGGGCUUCAACGGCAGCGACGGGGCAUCCGGCAUGUCGGAUCUUGCACAGUGUUCUUAUGGAACAUUGAAUAAAGGGUCUUCAAUAACACAAUCAACAACAACCACUAAUGAAGUCUCCUCAGAUGGAGUGACGGAGAUCUUAACAGGUGUUUCGUGUUCAACAUUGAAUGGAGCCAGAGCACUAUUGAGAACAACGGGCUCUAACCCGAUAUCUUUUAGCUGUGAGUGCAGUGGAAAUGACGGGACAGGAGAAACUAGUAGAUACUGUUAUAUCCAUUACUGGAAGUGUCCAAUAAUGAGUUGAUCCUGCACACAUUCAUCCUAAAAUUCUAAUAUUUACUAUAAUAGUAAUAAAAUAAUCAUGAAGACUGAUUUAUGAAGCACAUGUUGCUAUUGGGAUGUUACGCCGUGGGGCCGUUUCGUAAAGCUGUUCGUAAGUUCAGAGCGACUUGAAGAACGACUGGUGAUCCUUUCUUACUCGCUAUAAUGUAUAA